AUGGCGGCUUGUAGGUCUCUCGACCCUAUGUCCCUCCUCUUCCUACUCCUUUUCCUCCUGGUUCUAAGCGCUCAGUCUAGACCAGAACUGGAUCCAUACAAAGUUUUGGGUCUAAGUCCAAAAGCGAGCCAGGCUGAGAUCAAGAGAGUCUACAAACGACUGGCAAAGGAAUGGCACCCAGACAAAAACAAAGACCCUGGAGCUGAGGACAUGUUCAUCAAGAUCACCAAAUCCUAUGAGGUCUUAUCCAAUGAGGACAAACGAGCCAACUAUGACCGCUUUGGGCAGCUGGACGACACGCAGCCAUUCGGACAUCGCCGUGACAACUUUUAUUUUGACGAGGCUUUCUUCAACUUUCCCUUUAAUGCCAAAAACCAGCGCGACUUCAGCGAGAACAAGCACUCGCUGCAGUUCACCAAGUACAUUCAACAGGUGGUGCCAGACAGCCACAGACGGCCCUACCUGAUCAAGAUCACGUCUGACUGGUGCUUCACCUGCCUCCACAUCGAACCUGUGUGGGACCAGGUGGUACAGGACAUGGAGGCGCUCGGCGUGGGCAUAGGUGUGGUGGAUGUGGGUUACGAGCGGCGUUUGGCCAAUCACCUCGGAGCCCACCGGACACCGUCCAUCUUGGGGCUGGUGAGCGGGCGCGUGUUCUUCUUUCACUACGCUGUGUCCAGAGAUCUGCUGCUGCAGUUUGUGGAGGAGCUGCUUCCCCAGAGGCUGGUGCACAGGGUGAAUGACCAGAAUUACCUUGAGUUUUUGGGCAGUUGGCAUGAGCUCAACAAACCUCACGUCCUGCUGUUUGACCAAGUGCCCACAGUGCCCCUGCUGUUCAAACUGAGCGCGUUCUCCCACAGAGACCACCUCCAGUUUGGGUAUGUGGAUCAGGGCCUGUCUGAGACCUCAGAUCUACAGAAGAAGUUUAACAUAAACACAUAUGCUCCGACUCUGCUGGUGUUUAAAGAGAACACAGACAAACCAGCCGACAUCAUACAGGCGAAGGAUCUGAAGAGGCCGAUCGUGGACGAGUUCUUCUCAAACAACAGGUUCCUGAACGCACCGCGACUCGUGAACCAGGAAGUGUUUAACGAACUGUGUCCUGUUAAACAGUUCCACCGACGGAGGAAGUUCUGUGUUCUGCUGAUCACCGAUGAGGAGCACUCUUCUGGACUUGAGGUGUUUGUGUCUUUCGCUUCCACAAACUCCCAGGAAGUGAUCAGAUUCACUUAUGUUUACCAGCGUCUCCAGCAGCCGCUCUGUGAGGUCCUCCUGCUCAACAGCGCCCUCUCUCCUCCUCAGGUGCUGAUCCUUGAGCGGCGAGCUGCAGGUAAAGUCCUGUUCAAACCAGUGUGUCAGUGGAAUGGCAGUGACCAGGACAAACUGCACCUCCAGGGGGCGCUGCAGAGGCUCCAGACAGACCCCUCUAUCCUGAGCCACGAGACCACACUGCCCCAACUCAACAACGAAUUUGCCUCCGUGUUUGUGCUGCGCUGGAUCUAUGCGUCAUGUGACUACCUCUCUGACGUCAUUGAGGACAUUCUCCACAACAACUGGCGAGAGAUGAUGCCGCUUCUGUCCCUGAUUUUCUCGGCUCUGUUCAUCCUGUUUGGGACGGUGGUGGUGCAGGCUUUCAGUGACUCCAGUGAAGACAAACAGAUCAAGAUAAAGCCUAAGGAGGCAACAGCGACCAGCGCCACCUCAAGCCGUGUUCCAAAGAAGAACUUCGUGGAGGUGACGGAGCUCACAGACAUCACGUACAUCAGUAACUUAGUGCGUUUGAGACCGGGGCAUCAGAACAUUGUCCUGGUUCUGUCUGACGCCUCUAAGAACAUCCUCCUCAGCAAGUUCGCCAAAGAGGUGCACUCCUUCUCCGGAAGUGAGACACUGCAUUUCUCCUUCCUGAACAUCGACAAACACAUGACGUGGAUGAGAGCUCUGCUGGACCAGGCCCAAGACCCAAUACCCUUAGACCUGGAAGAAGGACCAGACCAAAGACCGGACCAGAGACCGGACUACAGUGGGAUCGUGAUGGCUCUGAAUGGCCAUAAGAAGUACCUGUGCCUGUUCAAACCUGUGUACACUGGGGAGGAGAGCAGUAAAUCUGCGGAGGAUGAGGGCACUUCUGUGAAAUCAAAGUCUCGGGAUGACCACAAAAAGUCCAGUCGCUCUCGGACCCAGUGGACGCUUCAGCUGCAUCACAAACUGGACCGACUCGGGCUUUGGAUGGAGAGGCUGCUGGAGGGAACUCUGCCCAGAUACUACCUCCCUGCCUGGCCCGGGAUUGACAGGAUUACCUCCCAGUAGAGCCACAC